AUAGAAAUGGGCUUAAAAUUAACCGGUUGUUAGAGAAUAACAAGAUGGAAUUAAUCAUGGCGUUGUUUGUCGCGCAGGCAAGGCAAGGUUCGCGAGUUGGUGACGUUCGCUGAUAUUCACGCAGACUCGGAACGGUUUUGACAGACGGGAGAUUCCAGCGUGGCGAUUGUGCGAUCGAAAAGGAAAUAUGAGGUAUUCCGAGAAAAAGGAUGAGCUCGAGGCGCACACCAACAAGGAUAAUCCUUUAGUUUUCCUGGACGUCGCGAUCGACUCCGAGAAAGUGGGAAGAAUUGUCAUAGAACUGUACAAGGAUGUGGUGCCACGGACUGCGGAGAAUUUCCGCGCGUUGUGCACCGGCGAGAAGGGCGCCGGGACGAAGGCCGAGAAGUUACACUACAAAGGAAGCGUCUUCCACAAGGUUGUUUCACAGUUUAUGAUCCAAGGUGGAGAUAUUGUCAAUUUCGACGGUACUGGCGGAGAAAGUAUAUAUGGUCCUUACUUUGAUGAUGAGAACUUCACACUGAAGCACAAUUGUCCUGGACUCCUUAGCAUGGUGAAUGAGGGCAAGUCGAAUACAAACAGUUCCCAAUUUAUUAUUACUGUUCAACCAUCUAUACAUCUGGACAACACUAAUGUAGUAUUUGGAAAAGUUAUAAAAGGCAUGGGUGCAGUAUUAGAAAUCAAUCAAGUGCAGACUGAAAAGGAUAUUCCAAGUGAAAAAAUAAGUAUAGUUGAUUGUGGAGAAUUAAAAAGAAAUGGAUCUUGGGGAUUAGAAGAGAAUGAUGGAUCUGAGGAUAUUUAUACGCCGUGGCCAGAAGACUGGAAUUAUACCAAUCAAGUCAACAAAUUAAGUCACAAGUUUAUGGAAGAAGUAAUAAGAAAAAUAAAAGAUUCCGGAAAUGAGUAUUUCGCAAAGCAGAACUUUGUAGACGCUGGUAGAAAGUAUAAGAAAGCAUUACGGUAUUACUCUUGGAUGAAUCAACAGGAAAACAUGCCAGAUACAUUUUAUGCCUCGCUGAUAGAUCUCAAGUUAGUUUUACUACUUAAUUUAGCAGCUGUACAUAUAAAGCAAAAAAAAUAUCGUCAAGCCAUAGAUCUCUGCGAUGAAGUUCUGCAAAUGGAUAAUACAAAUGGUAAAGCGUUUUUUCGAAGAGCACAAGCUUACAUUCACUUGAACGAAUAUAAAUUAGGAUUAAAAGAUCUUCUUCAGGCGUUCGAUCUGUGUCCUGACAACAAGGCUAUCUUGCAGGAAAUAAAAAAAGUAAAACAGAUGGAAAACUCUUAUUUAAAAUUUGAAAAAAUAACGUAUAGGAAAAUG